AUGGCAGCCGAAAGCUCAACGCCCAAGCGGCGGAUUUAUCUCAAUGGCUUCGACAUGUUCACAGUAGGCCAUCUCUCCUUCGGGCAGUGGAAGAAUCCCGCCGAUCGCUCAGCAACUAAGCGACGGGACUUGUCGUAUUGGACCAAUUUGGCCAAGAUUCUGGAAAAGGGAGACUUCAAUGCCCUUUUUCUUGCCGACACCUAUGGGUUAUAUGACACGUACAAGGGCACCGCAGAGCCUGCAAUUCGCAAUGGCGCCCAGUACCCCAUGGGAGAUCCUGCGAUACCAAUCUCCGCCAUGGCAUCGGUGACCAAGAACCUUGGGUUCGCGAUAACUACUUCGACCUCAUACGAAGCCCCGUAUGUCGUCGCGAAAAGAUUCUCCACCUUGGACCACCUGACAGGAGGCCGAUUCGGGUGGAACAUCGUGACCUCUUGGAAAGAAUCAGCCGCCAAGGCAGUGGGCUUGCCCCUGGUAGAUCACGACAAGCGGUACGAGAUAGCCGAUGAGUACCUGACAUCUCUGUACAAACUGUGGGAGGGCAGCUGGGCCGACGACGCACUGCAAGAAAACGCAGAGACAGGCGUAUACGCAGACCCCAGUCGAAUCAACUACAUCCACCACCACGGCGAGCAUUUCCAAUUCGAUGGACCCCACAUCCUCGACCCAUCCCCACAACGCACCCCAUUCCUCUUCCAGGCCGGCACCUCGCCCGCCGGCGUCGCCUUCGGAGCCAAACACGCAGGAGGAAUCUUCGUCUCCGCCCCCUCACCACACAUCCUCGCACCGCGAGUCGAAGCAAUCCGCGCCGAAGCCGCGAAAAACGGCCGCGACCCGCGCUCCAUCAAAGUCUUCGCCAUCCUCACGCCCAUAGUGGGGCGCACCGACGAAGAAGCCCAAGCCAAGUACCGCGAAGCCCUGUCCUACGCCAGCGAAGAAGCGGGACUAGCGUUUUUCUCCGGCGGCAGCGGGAUCGAUCUGAGCAAGUUUGAUCUGGACACGCCGAUCACGGCUUCGGAUGUGCAUGUGGAUGCGCGGGUUCAUUCGACGAUUAACACGCUUUCGUACCAGAGUCCCGAUGUGCCUGCGUGGACGCCAAGGAAUAUUGGCAAGCAUAUUUCGAUUGGUGGGGCGGGGCCGGUUCCUGUGGGAUCCGUGAGUCGAGUUGCUGAUUUCUUGGAGGAGUGGGUGCGUGUGGCGGAUUUGGAUGGGUUCAAUAUUGGCUAUGUUCAGACACCGGGGACGUUUGAGGAUGUUGUUGAAUUGUUGAUUCCGGAGUUGAGGAGGAGGGGCGUGUAUGCGCCCGAGAAGGAGAGUGGGACUAUGCGUGAGAGGGUGUAUGGGGCUGGUCAGAAGCGUUUGCGUGAUGACCAUUUUGGAAAGCGGUUCGGGUAUGAGGUGUAUGAUGGACAGGUUUAA